GAAUGUGUGUUUUUUUUCUAUUGCUACUGAACAUUUAUGUUUUGCUUAUAAAACAAUCUUCCAUCUUGAUAGCUUAAUUUAUAUUUCUUCGUUAAUGUUUGCACUAGAUAUGUAUUUGCAUUUUAACAACGUGAUUCCACACUUCAUUAUAUUGAUUGAAAAGUGCGUAAUGGUGCAACGCUACGUUUCUACGAGAUGGUCCAUAAGGCAACGGAGCUGCACUUCUGCACACCUUUGAGCAGCAGUAUGAUGCAGGCUGGAGUCUGUCUGAGACAGGACACUGAGACAACACUACCAGAGCUCACUGAGCAGCACAGGAUCAGACUGAAAGAAGAGGAACUCAGUGGACUGGAGUCAGAGACAGAGUGUGCUGCACCAGGACUCAACACACUGGAGCCAGAGUGUGUUACUGCACACAGCGGGGUCAGCGAUGUGCAUCCUGACCAAGUGAAAACAGAGACUGAAGAUGGAGGAUACCUUAAUGCAGAACACAUCAGUGACUUGCAUGUUAUUGAGUGUGUGGAUAUUAAAUCUGAUAAAGUGAAGUGUGAAUCCAGUGAAAGUUUAGUGAGUGAUCUCAUGAACACUGUGAUGGAUGGAGCUGGUGUUGAUCUCAAAGAUCAGGAUGAACCAUGGCAAUGUGCAGGAGAGCCAAUUUCAAACUGUACAAAAGAAGAAGCCCAUUAUCUGCCAAGCCAAUGUACAGACUUAACUCAUCAUUUUGACAAAAACAAUGAAAAUAAUCAGACCAAAAUUGCAAAUAAAUGUACAAAUGGUAGCCACAAACAUCUGCAUUGUCACAGAAUGAUUGUGAUCACUGAACCCAUGAUAGUUAAUUCCCAAAAAAGCCCAAGCCUUUCGAAUUUAUCUCAAAACAAGAUAAAUCAAAGUAAUAAAGGUGAAAUUCAUACAGUUGAAAAGCCCUACAAAUGUACACAAUGUGAGAAAUGUUUUAUGAAAAAAUCAUGUUUAAUGGCUCACCUGAGAAUUCAUACAGGUGAAAAGCCCUACAAGUGUAUUCAAUGUGGAAAGUGCUUUUCCCAAAUGGGUCACUUAAGUAUCCACCAGAGAAUUCAUACUGGUGAAAAGCCCUACAAGUGUACACAGUGUGAGAAGAGUUAUAAAACUAAAUCUAUUUUAAAUAACCACCGGAAAAUUCAUACUGGUGAAAAGCCCUACACGUGUACACAGUGUGAGAAGAGUUAUAAAACUAAAUCUAUUUUAAAUAACCACCAGAAAAUUCAUACUGGUGAAAAGCCAUACAAGUGUACACAGUGUGCAAAAUGUUUUAUUCAAAAAUCUAACUUAAAUGAACACCAAAGAAUUCAUACCGAUGAAAAGCCCUACAGAUGUAUUCAUUGUGGGAAGUGCUUUUGCCGAACAUCUAGUUUAAGUUACCACCUGAGAAUUCACACAGGUGAAAAGCCCUACCAGUGUACACAGUGUGCAAAAUGUUUUAUUCAAAAAUCUUCUUUAAAUGAACACCAAAGAGUUCAUACACGUGAAAAGCCCUACAAAUGUAUUCAUUGUGGGAAGUGCUUUUCCCUUAAAUCUAAUUUAAACAGCCACCAGAGAAUUCAUACUAAGCCGUACACAUGUUCUCAGUGUGGGAAGUGUUUUUCCAGAAAAUCUCUGUUAAAUACCCACCAGAGAAUUCAUACCGGUGAAAACCCCUACCAGUGCACAUACUGUAAGAAUUCUUUUCAUACAAAAUCUUCUUUAAAUAGACACCUGAGAAUUCAUACAGGCGAAAAAUAAAGCAAAUGUGUUCGUAGUGGGAAGUGCCUUUCCCACACAUCUCAUUUAACGAGCCACAUGAUAAAUCAUUCAGGGUGAAAAGCCUUCACAUGUUCUUGGUGUGGGAAGUGCUUUUCCCGAGAGCACACUGCUCAUAGACAGCAUGGCAUCGACAGAAUUUUUUACAAAAGACCAUUCAACUUAACACCAGUGUUCACUGGCCUUCGCUGAGGAUAGAGAGGCCUCCUGGUCUUUGGAUGUUCUGCUGGGAUCCUUUUGUGACUUUAUGGAUUUGUCCCUGCGCUCUGUCAUGCAAGCCACGACCGGUUCCAAGUGUUCUCCAUUUGGACAUCAUGCCUUUCACUGUGGCUUGGUGGAGCCAGGGCCUUGGAAAUGCCUUUUGUAACGCUUUCCAGACCAAUAUAUAUUUCGACAUGUUUAAUUCCAGGUAAAUGUUAUUUUGUGUUGAUGAAACUGACACCACUGAAAUUUGUUUGAAAGAAAGAACGUGAAAAGUGGUUGGAUGUACUGAAGAAAAACACUGUUUCGUGUGUUGAUAACUCGUGUGUUUUGAAAAUGAAACUGACACGACUGGCUUUUUCAGUUCUUUUACCAAUGUAGAUGCUGCAAUGUGCAUGUCAGCUGAAGCUGACUUCAGACAGUAUGUUUCAUUCGACAUAUCAUUUGGGGAACUUUGUUUCGCUGUUUAUGUCUCUGUUUGAUAUGAAUUGUGGAGGAAAUUAUUUGACUCUGUGGAUGUGCACUUACCAAGGCCUUCUAUAUAAACUCUCGUGUCCUUC